AUGUGGCAUGCGCAACGACUUGUUUCCUCUGUGGUUCGACGACAGCACAACAAGUUCCUAUGUCGACACUACUCGGCUUCUGCUGCACUAUCAGCAGGACCACCUCAAGACAUCAAGAUAUGGUAUGCAUCACAAAGUGGAACCGCCCAACUCUUUGCCCAUCAAUUGGCAGAAGGUGUGGAAGAAGAAUUGCCAGACAGUGAUGUCAUGGUUCAAGGACUGCACGAACACCCACCCGAAUCCUUUCUUUCUUCCAAUGCUUCUAGCAAAAAUGAGGAGGAAGAUAUCGUAAAUUUCUUUCUUGUCAGUUGUACUGGUGUGGGGGAAGUUCCUAGCAACGGUCGAGCCUUUUUCGAGUGGGUCAUGGCUAGUAGUAAAAGUGAUGGUGAUAGUGCCACUCCCAAUGACUGGAACCAAGUCAAUUACGCCGUUUUUGGAUUAGGCAACCAGCAGGCUCAUCCAAAUCAUUACAAUGUCAUUGGCAAAAAACUGGAUGCCCAAUUGGAUACCUUGGGAGCCAAUCGAAUGCAGCCUUUGGGAUUGGGAGAUGAUGGAGAUUGUCUGGACGAUGAUUUUGAUCAAUGGAUGGAAGAAACUUUGGAACGAUUGAAAUUGGGUGUUGGUGCGAGUGACACAGAGGAGGUAAAGGAACAUGAUGAAAAUACUACUAGUACUGAUAGCAGCAGUAGUCCUGCUGAAGCUGAAAUGGAUAUCCAUACUGAAAGGAGUGUCAGAAACGAUGAUCUGCCACGGAUAUCUUGCCCAGAAGUUUCCAUACUACCCGAUGGGACAAGGUUUAUUUCCAAAAAAUACCCCACACUGUCUUUGAAACCUGCUACGAGUGAUGUGGUUCGACACGAUUUGUUCUUUUUGCAAAGCUCUAGUACUUCCAAGACAAAGAGUAAUGCUUUUUAUUCCGAGUCGACUCGCAUGCUACCAGUCAUUCAGAACGAACGAUUGGCCUUGGAUGGUGGAGAAGCGGGUAUGCAAGAAUUACAAAUCUCUCUACCAAAAGACGUCCAAUAUAUUAGUGGGGAUCACUUGCUCGUAUAUCCACGAAACUCGGAUGCCAUGGUCCAAGCCUAUGUCGAUCUCCUGGAGGUCGACCCCCAUGCCAUUAUCGUCAAGGGUGAUGAUGAUGAGGGCAAUUCCAAUAAGUAUCCAUAUCCGACUGGCAUCACAGUCAUGGAAACCUUGAUGCAUUGUGUGGAAUUGGGAGCACCACCGUCGCCACUCUUUGCCCGAACCUUACUAGGACGAAAGGACAUGGACUACAAAGAAGAAAUUGCCAUUCCACGCCGCACCAUCAUAGAUUUGGUAUUGGAACAAAAACGAAAGAAUAAUGGAACUGGCAAACUAUCACUGGAAGAUUUACUCUAUCAAGCAUCUCCCAUGAAACCACGCUAUUACUCGAUUGCCUCUUCCAAUGUCCAAUAUCCUCACACCAUUCAUUUGGCCUAUCGGCCCAUCAAGUAUGUAAGCAGUUAUGGAUACCUACGGGAAGGUGUCUGCAGUAGCUACUUGUCGCACAAGGGAGUCCUGACGCAUGACAUUGAUUCGAGAGAUCGAGCAGCAGCUUGCAUUCCGGCCUCCGUGGUUCCCCAUCCCACCUUUCGACUACCUUCUUCGCCGGAAACUCCAGUCUUGAUGAUUGGAGGCGGAAGCGGAAUGGCGCCCAUUCGGUCCUUUUUGCAGGAACGUGUGUUCUUGUCGUCGUCGUCGUCCUCCUCCUCUAGCAAUAAUAAUGGGAACAACAAAUUUGGUCCAGGAAUCUUGUUCAUGGGCUAUCGGAAUCCACACGAUGAAAUUUAUCGGAAACUAGUCGAAGAAGCCUUGGAAUGUGGUGCUCUGACCGACGCCCAGAUUGUGUACUCCAGUGGUUGCACACUGCCCACUCAAAAAACCAUGAUGGUGUCGGAACUGAUUCGUGAAAACGGAAUGGCUGUGUGGGAGCAUAUGCAGAGUGGUGGUCACAUUUACAUUUGUGGGGGAGCCUAUGCCUUUGGAGUUACUGUCAAGGCAGAAUUGCUUGAUUUGGUACAAGAGCAUGGCAAGAUGACCUUUGAAGAGUCCGAAGAUCAUCUUCGAACAAUGAUGGACGAAGGCAGAUUCUGUGCUGAUUUGGCAGGCUAA